AUGGCAACUGAUGAUUCGGUCGAUGACAAUAAUCAAAUGCUUCUUACUCCGACUUCAUUUAUUCAUGAUGAUUCGGAAUGUUCCACUGAUUCUCGAAUUAAUGAUCCCGAUCAUAUGUCCGAUAUACCUGAUAUCUUGACUCCAACAACACCAACACAUUCACAAUUUCACAUCCCUCGUCCUUAUUCGUCUCCACUCAUCUCCAAUGGGUCUCCUCGUACACCUCUCACCCCUCUCACCCCUCGCACCCCUCACACCCCUCUCACCCCUCGCACCCCUCACACCCCUCUCACACCCGUACCUUCUCAUAUAUCCUAUAUACCUCACAAUGUAUCAUCGUCAUCCUAUGCACCUUGCCUUACCAACGUUUUGAUAGUACCACCGCACCAAACACAAGCAACUGCACAACUGUUCAUACGUGAUGGCUUUCAGCAGCAUACUCGUGAGUAUCGUGUUCUGUCAUGGUUGAAAACAUAG